CGAGCGCGCGAGCGCAUCUCUCCUGAGUCCUGCCAUACCCCGUCGCUUCCUUUGAAGGCGUACGUGGUCCCGCCCCGCUCGCCAGCUGUCGCGGAGCUUACCGGAAAGGGGCCAGAGCGGGUCACCUUUAGGAAUCCUGGGGCAAGUGCUUGGCCUGAGUAGCUGUGUAGCGAUGUGGUUUGAGAUUCUUCCCGGGAUCGCUGUCAUGGCCGCGUGCUUGGUCAUCCCCGGAGUGGCCACUGCGCACAUCCACAGGUUCAGUAACGGGGGCAAGGAAAAAAGGAUUGCCUAUUAUCCAUAUCAGUGGACUUUGAUGGAAAGAGAUAAGCGCAUCUCUGGAGUUAAUCGUUACUAUGUUUCAAAGGGCUUGGAGAACAUUGAUUAAGGAAGGAUUUUCCUGAUUGAUGAAAAACAACUCAGUUACGCUCAUCUACCCCUGCUAGAAGGUUAUGCUGUGUAUUAUGUUGCAUGCAGUAUAUUAUGUAGUUCAUAAUAAAAACAAAAAAGUAAAAUCA